AUGAUGAAUUCAAAUGUUGUUACGGCUGCAGGAAUAGGUAUUAGAGGAUCUGCUUCGAAUCAACUCGAUGGUCCUUUUGGAAUCUUUGUUGAUGUGAAUUCCGAUUUAUAUGUAGCAGAUUGUUACAAUGACCGUGUUCAGUUGUUCCAGUCGGGAGAAUUACAUGGCAUCACAGUAGCUGGAAGUACAUCGCUAAAUCCAACACUUACACUUCGUUGUCCAACUGGAAUUAUAUUAGAUGCUGAUAAAUAUUUAUUUAUUGUGGAUUUUCUCAAUAGUCGUAUUGUUGGUUCAGACUUGCAUGGUCUUCGAUGUUUAGUUGGAUGUUUUGGACAAGGAUCACAAUCCAAUCAAUUGGAUAGUCCAGUUAGUUUUAGUUUCGAUCGUUCUGGAAACAUGUUUGUUACUGAUCAAAGAAAUUCUCGAAUUCAAAAAUUUUUGUUGAUGAAAGAUUCUUUUGCUGUAUCAUUCAAUCAGCCAAAGUUUUGCCCAACAGCCUUUUGGAAUUCUAACGGAAUCACUGUUGCUAAUCAAUCAGUUGUUGGUCGAUAUCCUAACGCUUUUUUUGUGAACACAAACAAUACAGUUUAUGUCGCUAAUCAAGAAAAAAACGCAAUUGUAGUGUGGCAAGAAGGGAGUGUCAAUCCAACAAAGAUCAUUACCAGUAAUUUUGUAAUACCUUAUUCUCUCUUCGUGACAUCAAAUGGUGAUAUUUAUAUUGGUGAUGAAUAUGAGAAUGGCCGAGUACAAAGAUGGAGUGCAGAAUCAAAUAUGUUUGUCACAGUGAUAAAUGUCAAUUCACUAUGUGGCGGUUUGUUUGUCGAUAUCUAUGAUACUCUUUACUGUUCAAUGUUCAAUCAAGCUCAAGUAGUGAAAACAUCAUUAAAUGAUCCGAUGAUGAAUUCAAAUGUUGUUACGGCUGCAGGAAUAGGUAUUAGAGGAUCUGCUUCGAAUCAACUCGAUGGUCCUAUUGGAAUCUUUGUUGAUGUGAACUUGGAUUUAUAUGUGGCAGAUUGUAGAAAUAAUCGAGUUCAAUUGUUUCAGUCGGGAGAAUUACAUGGCGUCACAGUAGCUGGAAGUACAUCACUAAAUCCAACAAUUACACUUCGUUGUCCAACUGGAAUUAUAUUAGAUGCUGAUAAAUAUUUAUUUAUUGUAGAUUCUAGCAAUCAUCGUAUUGUUGGUUCAGACUUGAAUGGUUUUCGAUGUUUAGCUGGAUGUUAUGGACAAGGAUCACAAUCUAAUCAAUUGUCUGCUCCAUCCAGUUUUAGUUUCGAUCAUUCUGGAAACAUAUUUGUUAUUGAUUCAUAUAAUCAUCGAAUUCAAAAAUUUCAAUAUCUGGCAGAAUCAUGUGAUAUGUCAUCGGUGGUUGAAACAAUGUACUCAUCUGUAUUAACAUCAAAUCAUCCAAUAUAUCCACGUACUGGUUGUGAUAUUUCGUACUACUAUGAAGCCAUAAAAAUGCAGGUUUAUAAAAGUGGUCAUUAUAGUUUUAAUAGUAUGAGCAAUAUCAAUACAUAUGGCUACAUGUACGCAAAGUAUUUUGAUCCAUUUAGUCCGUCUGCAUAUUUAAUCGCCGAAGAUGAUGAGAGUUCCAGUAAUUCUCAGUUCAAUAUCAGUAUUCCCCUUGAGAUCAAUACUGAAUAUAUAUUGGUUGUAACAACAUUUAAUUCAAAUGUAACAGGACCAUUCUCAAUUCGUGUGUCUGGUCACGAUCGUGUCGGUCUCGAACGUUUAAUGGAUGAUAAUGGAUGUUCUGAUAAUCAAUUCAAACUCUUAAUUGCUCUUGAAGUCAAUACUAAAUACAUAUUAGUUGUAACAACAUCACGUGCAAAUGUUACAGGAACAUUUUCAAUCAUUGUGUCUGGACCAACAAACGCCAUUCUCGAACGUACUAAUAUUUCAUCUACAUCUAUAUCAACAGCAACUGCAUUCAUAGAUUCAUCACAAAAUGAAAACAUUUAUUCAGAAUGGGUAAUUAACGAAGUUGAUGGAUAA